UCCCAGUUGGCCCAGUGGGAGCGGGGCUGUGGAGCUGGGAGAGAUGCGGGGCAAGGACGAUGAGUACGAUUAUCUCUUCAAAGUUGUGCUCAUCGGGGACUCAGGGGUGGGCAAGAGCAACCUGCUGUCCCGCUUCACCCGCAACGAGUUCAACCUGGAGAGCAAGAGCACCAUCGGGGUGGAGUUUGCCACCAGGAGCAUCCAGGUGGACAACAAGACAGUGAAGGCUCAGAUCUGGGACACGGCCGGGCAGGAGCGUUACCGCGCCAUCACCUCCGCGUACUACCGAGGGGCAGUGGGGGCCCUGCUGGUCUAUGACAUUGCCAAGUACCUGACGUACGAGAACGCCGAGCGCUGGCUCAAGGAGCUGCAGGACCACGCCGAUGCCAACAUUGUCAUCAUGCUGGUGGGCAACAAGAGUGACCUGAGGCACCUGAGGGCUGUGCCCACCGACGAGGCCAGGAGCUUUGCAGAGAAGCAUGGGCUGUCCUUCCUUGAGACGUCUGCUCUGGAUUCCACCAACGUGGAGACGGCUUUCCACAACAUCCUCUCGGAGAUCUACCACAUCGUGUCGCAGAGGCAGAUCACAGGACAGCCAGAGUCCGAGUUUGGCCCCUCCACCUCCAUCGAGCCCAUCCAGGUGCUGCCCACGCAGCAGGAGGGCAGGCAGGCACCGUGCUGCCAGAACAUCUGAGCCCCUGGGCUGCCCCCACCGUGCCCCCCAGCCCCUGGUGGCAUCCCCAGCCUGCAGCUCUGGGCAGGGCAGUGAGCUCUGCCUGCUGUUUGUGCAUCAUCCCCCUGCCCUUGUGCUGCUCUGCCGGUAUUUGUGUAGGACUGACAAAAACAGGGCAGAGGCAAAGCAGAAGGGUGUCCCCGCUCUCCCCAUGCCAUCCCCUGUGUCCCUGCUCCCUUCAGCCCUGCAGGCAUGCUCACUGGGUGGCACUGAGCAAGCCUGAACGUGCUGAGUCCCUGUUUGGUGACACCCUGGGUGUGGAGGGGACACUGGGUGCCUCCUUCUCCUGCCUGCUGGAGCCAGCAGUGAUGUGUCCUGCAGUGCCCUGUCCCUGCAUCCCUGAGAGUGAAUUUUCCCCCAGCCAAGGGAAAAGCUGUGAUUCCUCCAUGGGAAGGGAUAGGAGCAGGAGCUGGGGGGCCUUUGGGGAGCCCCAAAGAGGGGACACCAGGGAUUUGGGGGUGAGGGCAGGGGUGGGUGUGGAGGGGGACAAUGGGUGCAUCCUUCUCCUGCCUGAGUGAUGUGUUCUGUUGUGCCCAGCCCUGCAUCCCUGAGAGCUGGGAGUGUCUCUGGGUGCUGCUGGGGUCAUCCAGAGAGGGAUGUGGGGGUGACUCUGUGUUUGUGCUGUGACCCCAGCAAAGGGAAAAGCUGUGACUCCUCCAUGGAGAGGGAUGGGAGCAGGGACUGGGGGUCUUUGGGGACCCCCAAGGAGGGGACAGGGGACACCAGGGAUUUGGGGUGAGGGCAGGGAUGAUGUGCACAUGGUCCCUCUGCACAGAACCCUGUGGGGGAGCCAGGGUCAGCACUGGGGACCCCCUCGAGGUCCCCCUGGCAUUGCUGGCCCUGUCCUGCUCCAGUGUGUGGCCACUGUGGCUGGAGACAUGCCACCACUGCAUGGGGUGCCUGCUGAGCAGGGUGACAGUGGCAUUGUCCCCUGCCUUGGGGACAGCAGCCACCCCCCAGAGUACUGGGACAGACCCUGCUGAGCCCCGUGCUGCUGUCAGGGUGAUUGGCAGGUGUCAAUCAAUGGGGUGAAUGUGGGAAGGCCAGCCCCAUUGACCAGUACUGCGAGUGUGGCCCUUGCCAGUGGGGUUUUGGGGGAUCUUUCUCUCCACAGCUGCCCCCUGUGUCUGCAUCUCACUUGGCUGUGCCAGGAGGAUCUGGGCUGUGGUUCCCCCUUGGGGCACGAAUUGUCAAUGAAACAGAAAUUGAGGCAAAAUCCCCAAAUAAAGCUGCUGUUGGAAUCUCUUCUCUCUCUGCCAGGUCUCUCCUUGAGGCAAGAGCAGUGGGGCAGCAGGGAAGCACCCACAGGCAAUGGAGGGUGAGGAGGAGGAGGGCUGGGAGGAAGCUAUGGCUGUGUCCUGCUGGGAGGCUCGAGGGGAGAGCUUGAAAUUCAGGAUUAGAACAGGUUGGAUCCUGGUGCCAGCACAGGGAUGCACAAAUGGGGUGCAGAAGCAGCUAGAUCAUAGGGGUGCCCCUUUUUGUCCACCCACUGCCCCUCCAGAGGCAGCCUGAUCCCUGGGCUGGCUCUGGUGUAAAACCCUGGCUCUGCCUGCAGCUCUGGGGGCUGUCCCAGCUUGGAUGGUGGCUGUGCUUCACCCCAUGCCCACCUCAGCUGGAAAAGCCCUGGAAACGUGCAGGAAAAAAGUGGAAAAAAGUGCCAAGCACCACCUCCCUCCUCCCACACCAUCUGCCCACAGCACAGUGCCAAGAGGUGAUGUCAGCCCCAGGGGCUGGAGAGGUGGGCAUGGAGAAAAGGGAUGCUGCUCCACAAAGGGACAGGGCUGUGCCAAGCGUCCCUCAGGCCCCUCUGCCAUGGGAUGUGCCAUCACGCAGGGGCACAGGGCUGGUGGGUUCAUUUAUGGACUCAUGGAGGCACUUUUGGGCUUGGCAACAAUUUUAAUCCAGGCUUUCCAGUUUUUGGGUGUUUUCUGCUGGGAUGAAGAAGUGGAAAGGGUGAAAUGUGACAUAGAUGUGGGACCUGCUAUCCCCAGCUCUGGGAGAAGGAGCUGCCUUGGGAGGUUCC